AUGACUCCAGAUGAAGUAAUGUGCAGGGCCUUCCCAACAACGCUGAAAGGCGCAGCCAGGGUGUGGUUCGCCAAGCAACCCUUAGGAAUUAUUGCCAACUUUGAGCAGCUCAGCAAGGGUUUUGUUUGUCACUUCAUUGGAGGACAACGACACAAGAAGCCAAUUGGACAUCUUCUUAACAUCUGCCAAGCAGAGGGAGAAUCGUUGAGGCAAUAUGUGACGCACUUCAAUAAAGAGUUGCUGCAAGUGGAUGAAGCAGAAGAUCAAGUCAUCCUAAUGACCUUCCAAGCAGGGUUACUACUAAGAUAUUUCUUUUUCUCAAUCACCAAGAGUCCACCAAAAAUAGUGGCAGAGCUACUUCACAAAGCCCAGAAGUAUAUGAAUGCAGAGGACAUAGUGACUGCUAAAGGAGUGAUGACUAAAAGGAAAUGGGACAAAGGAACUAGUCAUAACCCUGAUAGGAAGAAUGAGGCACGAAGCAUUGGACAUGUAGCAGACAAAAAGAAGAACCUCCAAGAUCGAAGAUCUAAGUUUACUAGCUUCACUUCCCUAGUGAUGCCUAUCGAGCAAGUAUUGAUGCAAAUAAAAGACGAACCUUCUCUGCAAUGGCCCAGACCCAUUUACCAACAAAAGUAA